AGAAGGGUUUUCAGAAAAGCAGGACUCUUUUCUUAGUGGCAAGUUAAAAUGAAAGUGCAACUGACUUCCAGACGAGGGUGUGGUGCUGGAAGACAAAAUGUAGUGUGUCAGACCAACUCAGACCAUUUCACUGAAGUACAUCUCAAUUGCAGUACCUGCUACCAGUCUGCUGACAAAAGUUUUGCCAUGGGCUGGGAUACAAACAACUCAACUGAUUACUGGAUUGAGGACGAGGGUGAUCUCACUCAGAUAGAUUACAACACAUAUGAGUUGCUUUGUGAAAAGGAUGAUGUAAGAAAUUUCAGUAAAUUAUUCCUCCCUGUGUUCUAUGCAUUAGCUUUCACAGUUGGAGUUGCUGGAAAUUCAUUAGUGGUAGCAAUUUAUGCCUACUGCAAGAAACCAAAGACUAAGACAGAUACGUACAUCAUGCAUCUGGCCAUUGCUGAUUUGCUCUUGCUCUUCACUCUCCCUUUUUGGGCUGUGAAUGCAGUGCAGGGAUGGGAACUUGGAAACGCAAUGUGCAAGCUCACUACUUCUUUAUACACCAUGAAUUUCAGCUCUGGCAUGCUGUUCCUGGCUUGCAUCAGUGUGGAUAGAUACAAGGCCAUUUCCAAAUCACAAGUUCAUAGAAGAGUUGGAAAACAGUGCAGUAUAACCUGCAUCUGGGUCUGGCUGUCUGCUAUUGUGCUCAGUAUCCCUGAACUGAUAUUUAAUCAAGUGAAGAAAAACAAUGACAGGAAUGAAUGCCUUCCGGUAUUUCCAGUGAACAUGGAAACACUCUUAAAAGCAACCAUUCAAAUCCUGGAAAUUAUCCUGGAAUUUCUGCUUCCUUUCCUAGUAAUGCUGACCUGCUAUUCAGCUACUGCUAGAGCAAUCUUUAGAUCUCCAAAUGCUAAAAAAUCUAGACCCUUCAUAGUCCUGCUGGCAGUAGUGGCCACUUUUAUUAUUACUCAACUGCCUUACAACAUUGUUAAGUUCUGGCGAGCCAUAGAUACCAUCUACCUGUUGAUUACUGACUGUGAUGCAAGUAAAACUACAGACAUUGCACUCCAAGUAACCAAGAGCAUAGCUUUGUUUCACACCUGCCUGAACCCUCUUCUGUAUGUCUUUCUGGGUGCCUCUUUUAAAAUGCAUAUUAUGAAAAUAGCAAAAAAUUAUGGAUACUGGAGAAGACAACAACAGAAUGGAAUAACUGAAGAAAUUUCUAUGAAUUAUGAAGACCAUACAGAAGAAACAGUUAGCUUCACUAUAUAGACAGUCAAUUACUUCCAUUAUCUUAUAUAACAAAGGAAUUAUUUACUAAUUAAAGGGGUAUUGUUUCCACAUCUGUUUUGCAAGUCAACUUUCAGAUGAAUUUCUGGACCUACGAACUAGCCAAAACAGUACAAUGCAGUUCAAAAUGGAACACGUUGGUCAAAAGCAAGCAUCAGGCAAGAACUGUAUACUGGAAGUGCUAGAAGCAACUAGAGAUAGUUACUUAAAUCUUUUUUUAAAGGAUCACAGUACUAGGCUAUUAUAUAGCUGAGUAAUCAAUCAUCUGUAGAUACCUAAAAUGGAAAAAGAAACCAACAGCAAUAAAACCACAGUACAGGAACUUUUAUAUCAAAAGUUAGUAAUUUUCAUGCCUUUAAAAUGUAACACUGUAGGUGUGUUUCUGUAUUUUGUAACUGCUUGGAACAUUUGCCUAAAAAAUAAUUUCCAUGUUUUUCCCUAGCUAUCAUCCCAUAGAUAACCUUGCAGCAAUGAAUGAAAUGAGGCAUCAGUUCACAGCUGAGAAUUAAGUUAGGAGAAAAGAACAAAAAAAGCUAUUGUGUGUUUCCACAUAUAUAUAGCAACAACAACAUCCCUCCAUGAAAACUAACAACUCCUUCUUGGUAACCACCUAAAACGACCUUUCAUCUCUCCCUUUCAUUUUCUGCUCACCCUGGACUUCAGCAAGCCCAGUGUCCCCCAAGAGGCACAUUCCAGAUCUCUGGUUCCAAUUCUAGAUUCAUAUGAGGUGAUUAUCCAGGAUCUCAUUCCUGUCACUUCCAAAAAAAAAGGGGGGGGGGCCCUCAGCUUUCAUCUCACUCGUACAAAAAUCCUUGGGCAACAAGUAUCAAGGCAACCAAGGAAUGGCCUUACAUUUUUCAGUGAUCAUGUAUCUUAAUUUUGAACAGGGAGCCCUAUGAUCUAUUACAAAAAUACAGACUUUUAUAUGCACCUUUAUUGCAUGUCUGUGGAUUUUACAGGUGCAGUGGGGGCUCUGAGCUUUUAUACCUAGCUCAAAGAACUCAAAUCACUGGCUGAAAGAAGAGGAUAAACUAUGUGCAGUAGAGCCAGAUGCAGACAGCUAUAGUCCUUCAGAGAUACAUAUAUAUCUCCAGAAUGAAAGCCAUAUCCCCCUUGUAACUAAACUAACUCCAUUUGAUAUCCAAGGAUAACCUCAAGAAAAAAAUCUUAUGCAGCUGAUACAGAAGAUAACGUAAUAAAAAUAAAGUCCCUAGCACUAAAACAAAUUUGAUAGCCAUUGAAUUCCUAGAGACUCUCAGUACAAAUACAGUAUGAGGAAAGACAUCAGUUGGUAACGGACUGCAAGAGGGAAGGUAGAAGAUGGGUGGCCAGUAUUUGAUUCCACAGUGGGGAAGUUACACAUUGUUCACUUAAUUAACAUCAUUAAGAGAGGCAAUGCACUGUAGAUUUGCCCAAGAACUGUAUGGUUAAAUAAACUGAAGAUUGUGUUCACUGUGAUAAAAGCCAUAAACAAGUGUGUGUCUAUAUACAAAACCUACCUACUUCUUCAAUCUUUUUUAUUAUCUUUGCUCUGCCCAAAGUUCUAACAAGCACUCAUAUUCCAAGUGUUACUCCUCUAGAGCAUGCAUAAAACAAACUAUUUCCUUGGCUAUGCAAUGGCACCAUGUGAAGAUUUGGCUUGGUAAAUGUCAAAACAGUAUAAAGUAUUAGCAAGAAUAUGAGAAAGAGUUUUAGACUAAUCUUCUGACACAAGACCUGGAAUUUCUAGUAGGAAUUUGUAAAAUGAAUCAGACAUUGCAAUAACUAUAAUCUCCUAAAAUAAAAUAUAUGAAGACAUAAUAAAAUG